UACGGGCUGAUCGUCGCGGCGCGGUUGCUUUGAGGGCGCAGCAGCCCUACUGAGUGAGGCCGGCGUGAGGCCAGAGGGUGGGAAAGCGGCCGGCGGCGGAGGGCGGCGCCGGCGGAGGGCGGCGCGCGGUGACUCAUCCCUCUGGAAGAUCAGACACGCUCGCCGAGCUCGCCCGCCCCGCCGCUUCUCAACCGGGAGGCGCCCGCCCGCACCUCCCGCCCGCCCGCUCGCUCCGAGCUCCCGGCUCGGCCGCGGCGCAGAAAGUUUUCCCGGGCUCACGGCCUGCGGGAAGCGGAGCGGGCACGGCUGGGAGGCGGUCGCCGCGCGGGCCCGCCGAGUGCAUGGUGCCGGGCGCCCGGGCCGCGCGUCAGGAGGACCCGGGGCGGGGCCGGGCUGAGCCCAGCUCCUGAGCCUCUGUCCAGCUGCGUCCGAAGCCGUCUUCCCUCGGGACUGCUGCGGGGGUCGCGCUCCAGCGCCAUGUCCCGGCUGCUGCCGCUACUGGGGAGCCGGACGGCGCGCAGCCUGAGGCCGGGCCCUGCCGCCGCGCCCCGCCCGCCGUCCUGGUGCAGCUGCGGCCGGGGACUGCUGGCGCUUGGGGUCCCCGGCGGUCCCCGGCUUCUGGGCACACAUCCCAAGAAGGAGCCCAUGGAGGCGCUGAACACGGCGCAGGGCGCGCGCGACUUCAUCUACAGCCUGCACUCCACGGAGAGGAGCUGCUUGCUCAAAGAGCUGCACCGCUUCGAGUCCAUUGCCAUUGCACAAGAAAAAUUGGAAGCUCUACCACCCACCCCAGGACAGCUGAGAUACGUAUUCUUCCACAAUGCGAUCCCUUUUGUAGGAUUUGGCUUUUUGGAUAAUGCGAUUAUGAUUGUUGCGGGAACCCAAAUCGAAUUGUCUAUUGGAAUUAUUUUGGGAAUUUCAACAAUGGCAGCUGCUGCUUUGGGAAACCUUGUUUCAGAUUUGGCUGGACUUGGCCUUGCAGGUUAUGUUGAGGCCUUGGCAUCCAGGUUAGGCCUCUCAAUUCCUGAUCUUACACCAAAGCAAGUUGACAUGUGGCAAACGCGUGUUAGCACACAUUUGGGCAAGGCUGUUGGGGUGACUAUCGGCUGCAUUCUAGGAAUGUUCCCAUUGAUUUUCUUUGGAGGAGGUGAAGAGGAUGAAAAACUGGAAACAACAAAUCAGUCAUCUUAGAACACCUAUAAAAAGAUGUAAACUAAUGUACCUCAGUCAUUAAAUACACUGUCUCAACAUUUAGCAGUGAAGACAGUAACAGUGUAUAGAUAUGGGAUCAAAUAAUUCAGCAUGUAUUAUGGAAACACUAACUUAUUGUGGCUUGGUCUUCUUAAGACAUCUUUUUAAGAACUAUUUAGUAUCAUUUUAUGUAAAUUGUUGAGAUGCUCUUCAUCAAUGGCUGUCAUCAUGUUAUCUUUUCCUUCUCUCUCUGUAUCAUGAUAUUAUUUAACUUUCAGUUAUUGGUACCGUACUGUACUGAAUUGGGGUUGCUCAUUUGUUACAUAACAUGCACGGGAAUACCUAUUUAUGUUUUUAUUUUUUUCCUGAUGGCUAUAAUUCAAUGCUGGGUUUCUCCAGAUUAUUUAAGAUGUUUAAUAUCAGUUGACAUUUUAACUCCCUGCCCAGUUGGCAUCGCUUCUGUUAUUUCGCGGUAAACAUUUACAAGCAUAUAAAUUCAUUCAAUUUUUAACCUUUCAUAUCUAUCCAAAAUGAAGUAGUGUUUUAAGUAUGUCUGGUUCACUUUAAUUUUGAGCCACGCUGUCUUAAGAGCCAGAGGUUAAUCAGAAAGGACAAUUCUCUGGCCUCCCUUUUACAUAAAUCAUACAUGCUAACAAGUGUACUUAUUUCUGAUUGGCUUUUUACCUUUAAUUUCCCGACUUUGAGCAAUCACGCAGUGAUUUCUGGUUUGUGAGAGAAAAGCAAUGCUUGGAUCUCCCUGUCUCUUAAAAUAGGGAUUAAGAGAGUCAGGUGAACUAAGACAUUUAUAAUGACAUUUGGAAAUUAGGCUAAAAAAUUUUUUUUUACAGACGUAGAAAAUAAAAGUUUUCAAGGAGGUGUAUGGGAUGGAUGACAAAGUUUAAGUGCUAUUUGGGAGGUUCACAAAGUGUCAGUUGUAUUACUCUGGAAAGAUCUCCCCCGAAUGUGUUAUUGUCUCAUGGGAUGGAAUGAGUCUAAUAUCUCAUGCUCAGAAUCCUAAUCUCAUUAGCUCUAGCUUUGUGACUUUGUUUUCUGGAUGAGUAUUUUAGAAACAACAUGUAUUUUCUCUUUUGCUUUCUAGUCUAGUCAAAUGUAACACGAGGAGAGAUCCUUUCUCCCAUUUGUGGACUUUUUUCUUCUUUCGUGGUGAUUAUGCCACAUGGUUGGUGAAGGCUGCUGGCGUAAGUCUGCAUUGUAUGUCUGACCUGAACGCGGGCCUGAGAAUCCUGGGUUGUAGUUUUUGAACCCCCUUUUCCCAUUUGCUCUACUACACAUGCUAAAAAGUUGCAGGUAGCAGAAUAAUUGAGCGUAUGGAAGAGAGAAACUGAAGUUAGAAUUUAAUCCUUGAGGAAUUAAGAUUAUUCAUGGUUGCUAAGUAGAUGGAAAAGACAAACUUUACAUGACCAUGCCUUUUAAAUCUUAUUUUGGAGUUUUGUUUGCACAUAAUUACUUUGGGCUCCUUUUAAAGAAGAUUUCUUUUCCAUAAGAAAGCAUGUCACAUAUUGUUCCUGUUGCACUUUGGGAUGAUUUAGUUCUGUCCAUUUAUCAUAGAAUUUAAGGAAAGAUAGCAUAAAAGUCAAAAACCAUCAAGUUCUCAUAUACACAAGUAACAUUCUCCUCUGAUCAAAUUAGCAUCACAUGACUUGAGGAUGCAGGCAGAUUCAUCGUUUGUAUCUUUGUCCACAUGUCACAUGGACAGCAAGCACAGGGUCCCAGGAUGGUAGGAUAGAAUGCAUAUUUUACUUCCUGUGUAAACAUGUGAAUGCUAUUUCCUUACUCUGUGUAUUGGUGGCUUUUCUUGUCUUUGUUUUUAGGUGUUGUAUUGUGGUGCUUAACUUUCCUUCUUAUUAAAUACCAUCUCCAGAAACUUGUCUUGGAGUUUAGAAAGCACUUUGGAUUGUUGAUUUUUUUUCUUCCUUUCUCUUGAAAAAGCUCCUAGUCCUUAUUACCAGAAUUUCUGUUAACAGAAUUAUGCCAGUUUUGUUGAAAAUUUCAGUUAUGGAAGGUGUAACUUUCACAUGAAAGACAUUCUAAUUUUCAGUCAAAAAUUUUGAAUCAUUUAACCAAUAAAAUGCUUUGAAUCAUUACGAUGCUUCAUUUUCAAAAGCAGACAAACAGAAAGUCUCUCUGUCUUCAACCAAAGGUAUUGUUUUCUCAAGCUGUGGCUCUGGCCUAACCUGGUGCUGUGCACGGUGUGAUUCCUGAAGGUGGCCCCUUUAAGUUAAUGACUUGACUCGUAAGACCCGUGUUCAGCGUUUUUCACCACAGAGGAUGUGACGCCAGCUGAACCUGGACUGCCCCGUUUCUCAUAGCAGCUGUUCUCUAUCAGCAUGAGAGCUACGGCGGACUGUACCAUCACCAGCUGCUGUAGAACUGUGUGUUCAGAACCCGUGGUGUCUGUGUAUUGCGAUUUAUUGACUUGUUGAUGCAUGUAAACCAGGCACACUUGGUUGCCUCCGUAUGUUAAAUAGUGACCAAUGUUUUUACAAAAGAAUUGAACAAAAAAUAUCUUUUAAGACAUUUGGGAUGUGGUUUUUGAUUUUAAAGUUUGGUUUUCUUGUCAA